AGAAGCCUUCACAUUCCGAGUCGUUUUCACCUUUAAACACUCUAGUGUCAUAAUUGAGUUCACUUCGUUAUACAGUACAUAUACCGCCUCAAACACGGGUACCGGGGUGACUGCUGCCCCGGUGACUGAGACGGCCGUGCCUGCCUACAAGACCGCUGCACCGGGUACCCUGACCAAAACAUCACCACAACAUUCCACGACAUGUAGCAUAUUGUUUCGGAUCAGUAUGUAUGCAUGAAGGUUGAAGUGGACCAGUGCGAUCGUGGCCAACCACGAUCACUGCCUCGGACAUACCACGCAUCAUGACUGCUGGCUGACCACAACGGCUGCGCCGAUGACUAUGACGGGUACCCAAGUGACCAUGACUACGGCGACUGCUCCAGCCAGGGACCAAGACCGUGACGCCAGGAAGUGGAUGAAUGCGGUGGUGGAAAGCUGCGUCGAACGAGGUCGCCCGUCACGACACGUCGUUGAUCUCCGCCACAUCGUGACAGGCGACCACGUUCGAGACCAUGCCAUCACGUCUACACACAGCCCCAUCAAAGUGUGGCUGCAAUGGCAUCGCCUUGAUCGCGUCCGUUACAUAUGUUAUUGUGCUUUCGUUCUUCAGGAUGUCCAAAAAACCAAAAUAAAUGUUGAAAAUUUCGAUUGUGGAUCGGUUUUGUCAGCGCGAUUCGAUUGCACCCCCUCCCCAAAUUUGUAUGUCAUUCGGUCGGCCAACACCACGUUGGACCUCCUCGUUGUGGCUGAUGAAUUGACCAAGAACGGCAUCCCUACCUUCGUGGCCAUCAACGCCAGUGACGACGAAAACGACGCGACCAAGAACGCCCUCUUGGGUUGGGCGACCAUCCAAGCCGACUACAAAGUGUACAAUGCGACGGUUUUGCAGUUGGCUGGCUACCCUGCCGAACAAGCGGCGGCUGCCGUGCCGGUGAUCAUCCGCUUCGGGCAAUCUCUGGCCGGUGUCGCCCUCAACGAGCUCGAAGAGGUGGAAGCCACGGUACCUCCAUGCAAGUUAUUCUACUUGUCGUUCGCCCAAGCCUCGUGCUCCAAGAACACGGAUGCCCGCCUCACGAAGCAUAUGUCGGACCCGCACCCACCCGGUCGGUUCCGCGUGAUAGGGGUUUUGCAAAACAACGCUGAGUUUGCCCGUGAGUUCCAGUGCCCCACCGACUCGUACUUGAACCCGUCCAAGAAGUGCUUGUUGUGGGAAUAG